AUGGACUACAAGAAAGGGGGAAAAGAAAUAUACGAUGACAUCAAGGGGCUAGAGGAUAUUAUGAACCACAACUAUCGUUAUCUGUGGCUCCCAGGUACCAGCUAUAUCCCUAUGCCCUCAAAUCUGGAGGCUUGGAAGCGGAGAAGAAGAUUGGAGAAUAACUUGAAACAGAUGAUAGAGAAAAGAAAAGAGAGUGGAUCAUAUGGGGACGAUCUUCUUGGCUUGAUGCUGUCAGAAACAGAUAAUGUUUCUUCAGAUGACAAGAAUUUCCAGUACACAACACAGCAAGUAAUUGAUGAGUGCAAAACAUUCUUCUUGGCAGGAAGAGAAACAACCAGUGUUCUGCUAUCAUGGGCAAUACUUUUGUUGGCUCUCAACCAGGAUUGGCAACAAAAAGCUCACGAAGAAGCAAAUGCAAUCUGUGGAAACAACAAUCCCAUCAUGGAUUGUUUAGGAAAGCUCAAAAUUAUUGGGAUGAUAUUGAACGAGACACUGAGAUUGUAUCCACCUGCAGUAGGCAUCGUCAGGCAGGCCUUCAAAGACUUAAAACUAAGAGAUGAUUUUAUAAUUCCCAAGGGUGUGAAUGUGGUGGUGAAUAUUUUAUCAGUACACAGAGAUCCCAGGUACUGGGGAAGUGAUGCAGAUGAGUUCAGGCCACAGCGUUUCAGAGAUGGAAUAAGCAGAGCUACAAACAAUCAUCCGUAUGCCUUCAUUCCAUUUGCUAGUGGGCCAAGAGCAUGUAUAGGACAGAGUUUUGCUAUGUUGGAAGCAAAAGUUGUGAUAGCUAUGAUGGUGAAGAACUUCAGAUUUAAUGUAUCCAAGGGGUAUAGGCAUGCUCCUUUGGUCUCCACCACUCUCAGAGCUCAACAUGGAAUACCAAUCUUGGUGGAAAGAAUCAGUGGAAAUUAG